ACACAGAAAUAGUCACGUGGUCAUCGGGAUUAAUCAGUGUUAGUGGUGACGUACGGAGUCGCAAUAUCCUCGCCUGACAGAUUGGUCAUCACGCGAGAGGUGACAUGAGGUGACGUAAAGACGACAGGAAGGAAAGUCUAUGGAGUGACGUCAUAAACACGACAAUCGACUACGUGGUCUGUGUCGUCACGACCUCGUUUUACUCUCGCCAGCCUCGCAUUGGUUAGACUCCGCAUUACCUCCCCUUUUCGCGUGACGGCGGUCGCUAGAGGGCGCUCUAGGUCGCUGUGGCUCGCUCUUUCUCUCUCUCUCUCGCCCAGGAGAGAGUGGCGCUGGCGUUGCUGGCGAGUCUAUGGGGACAUCAGCACCGACUCCAUUCACUCUCCCCUCGGCCAGCGCCGGCUCCUGCUGACGGCGGGGCGACACAGGCUGAAGGUGUGGAGCCGAAGAAUCAGUCACUGGGAGGCGGCCAUCACCUCUAAAGUGGCGCCGCCUGCAAGAGGAUUACCGAGCCCACAAAACUUGUGAAUGGAGACCCGAGAAACAGGAAUUCACUCUCUCGCAGCACAAUGCACGCGCGGUGUACCAGCCGACACCCACCGACACAACAGAAACCGAAGAGGAGAAAUAUUCCCUGAGUGAUUUUUUUAUUUGUUUGUUUUUAUUGAAUGUUACUGUACUCAAUAAACUACAGAGAGGUGGGCAGCGUGAUUCAGACUGCUUUCUUUCUUCUUUUUUUUUCUUUUCCAUCCAUCGCUGGAGUUUACCAUUAAGGGUGAAAACUGAGCAGAGCUCAGACUGGUCUUUUGUCUGUAGCUGUGUGAUCGCCGAAGUUUGACAGAACUCGUGGACUUGUUCUGGCAAGUGAUCCUGCGAGUCGUUGGAGCCGAUGGUGCUGGCGGCAAGUCAUCCUGCAGGUUGUAGGACCGGCUUGGCUCAAGUGCAAGUCGUCUGAGGGAGCGGUUAGGACAGCGCAACGGAAACUUUCUGACUCUUCAUAGAGCUUAGAGUAGGACUAUCAUUACAUUGUUCUUAAGGAUGUUCUUAAAGAGAUCAACAUGAACGAUAAGUGCGAUAAAACAGUUAUCUCAAGUCAACUCUAAAUCUGCCACCUGUCGGCAGAUGGGUUAACAACAGAAGAGGACAGCCUUUCCGUCAACCUGCUCAAUUUUCUGUCCCCCAGCGCCUGAUAGCUGUCCCUCUACUGCACUCGAUGACCUCUUAAAGCGAUGACACGGCAAGCUUGACUUUUGACCCUGCACGUUCUGUGACGUAACCAUGUUACGAAACAUCACCGCCCCACUGGUCGGGCUGACGUCAGCGCUCCUGACCGUCCUCAUGGUGUCCUCCGAAGUCCCCUUCUCUCGGGCGCCGUCCUCCUCCGCCGUGGAGCCUCGAUGCCACUUCCCGGACUUCCUGCAGAGCAGGAAAGGCAAGACGAACUGGAUGAUCAACCAGUCCAACUCCAGGACUUCCUUCGACGUGGUUGGAGGGCGAAUCCUCGCGCGCUCGGGCACGUGCAGCAGGUCGGGCACCAAGAUGCGGCACCGACAGCCCGCGGGCCCCGAGUGCACGCAGUCCAACUACACGUGGGUGUGCUUGGAGCAGCAGGCCGAGGCCAAGUACCUGGUGCAGCACCUCGAGUCCACCUUCGUCAUGUACGCAUGCGUGGAGUUCCUGCAGCGCAACCUCAGCGUGGUGCAGAUCAAGAUGUCGCACGUCAAGGGCGAGCGCUUCCUGCAGUCCCUGUGUGACGAGGAGUACAUGUUCAUCGAUCCCUGGCCCUGGAUCUCGUACGAGCACUUCCGGAGCCCUCCCGUGGCGUGCCCCAUCACCGGGGGCUUCAACCUGUUGCUCAAAUACGCCUCACCCACGGGGCGACACCGCCCCACCAGCAGCCGCUACUACAGCAGCGCCUACAUGUCGCCGUUGACAUCGUCGUCAUCGUCGGCCUCGGAUCCCUACGUGUGUAUCGACGCCAGCACGGCCCCUAUGCGGCUGGAGAGCGACUGCGUGAAGGGAGACGGGGUGUUCUUUGACUUCCGGCACGAGCUGUGUCUACCCCCGGGUAGCAAGUUGAUGGUGCAGCAGCGCGCCCUGUGCAUGGCCUCCUGGCGCCAGGACCACGAGGACUUCGCCGUGCUGAGGUCAGCCAACAACGACCGCGCCAUCUGGUGUCUGCGGGUCACGUGGAAAAACGACAAGGUGCACGAGAUCGUCCUGUUCCUGGACUGGGUGUGCCCAACCUCAAGCUACACUGAAUCCGCUCGCCGCUAUUCCUCCCAGCAUUCACCUGCAGGUCCACACCUGACGCCUCACCUCGCCUUUGAGGUUCGAGACCGACAGGUGAUCACCGAACCGUGCAGUGACCAGCUCAGCACGUGCCACUCGCAUGCGGGUUUCUGCAGCGGCCUCCAGUGCAUGUGGACGUGUGGGAAGUGCUCUCCAGCGUCGACGGAUACAGGGGACCAGUCACGUGUGAAUCCCAGCGAGGAGAGCUCUUCACUGGCGAAGACGAAAAAGGCGACGAUUGUGCUCACCAGCAGCAAAGAGACUGUGCGCUUCCCGCAGCAGCUGAACUUGCAGGAUCCAGAUUAUCAUUCUCAAGGAACCCGUUCGGACUUCAACCAGGAUGAUGAUGAGGACAGCGGCACCAACGCCGACGAUGAGGACGAGGCAGUCGAAGCUGACGUCACGGCGCAGGCGGCAUCCACCAGGACUUCGCAACGAGGCUGCACGUUCCCGGAGAACGUGAGAGGAACGUGGCUGCACCGUACACCUGAAGGAGAGGAGACGCUGGAGAUCGGGGCCUCCUCUCUGCGACACCCGCGGCUGGGUGAACUGCAGUGCGUCACCUUUUUGUCGCCGCAUAGCGAGUUGGUGUCGCUGCGUCGAGUAUUGUGGCGCCGCUACGAUAACGGCUGUUACCCGCGAUUCACGUGCAUCCACUUUAGCACACCAUCCAAAUCAGUCAUGCGGUAUCGCCUGGCCAACGAACAGCACUGGCCACUGGAGCUGGCCGACGACGCCAUCUGUGACGAGCGCAACUUCCUCGAGCCACCGGAUAUCUUCCACCCGGGAGACAAGUACGUGUCCAGGAGCUGGGAGGUGGCACGGCGUAGUGGACCGGUCCAGAACAUGCCGUGCAUCCUUCCACAUCAUGUCCCCCGGGUGGUGUCCUUCCUGGACGACCAGGACCGGUCCGGGUGCAUGGUGCAUGGGACCUACUAUUCCCCCCGCACCAUCGUCCUGGCCUAUUUCCCGACACCCGAGCGGGGGCGGGACAGUACCGCCACCUCGCCCCCCGGCCCGGGCCUCGGAGAGACGCCCGUCGAAAGCGGCCGCGUCACAACCCUCGCCACCGGCAUCAGAAAGACGCCAUUCAAGAACGAUCACUCUGGAGAUGCUGGCCCCGACUUCAAAGAGACACAUGUCAAGAGCGAUCACUCUAACGCCGAUGGCAGCGACUUCAAAGAAGGGUCUUUCAAGAGCGAUCACUCAAGAACUGAUGGGUUCUACUUUGAAAGAAACGUGCCGCAAGACCGGACCACGAGUGUCAGCAGCACGAUUCCGGAAGAAAGCCAUUUUGAUCACGACUACCGCAAUCUUGCUGUUGGUCAGGACGACGACGAGCAAGAUCUUUUAAACGCCUCUAGGGACACUCAGGUCGCCGGCAUGCCACCAGACGUCGCUGACAGAAAAAGUAACAGACAAGACGAGGGACAAAAAGGAGACGGGUACAACUGGAAAUCCCCCAGUGGAGAGACAAAAGGUUCCAGUGGGAAGGCAGGAGGUUACAGCAGAGAGACAGUAGAUUCUAAUGGCGGCAAACCUGUCUGGGUGGAUGAUGGCGGCGGAACGUUCGUCUUUACGAAGUACGAGUACAGUUACAGUGGCCGCGACAAGGGGAGUGGGGGGCGGUACCACUUACAGCCAGGAUCAAAGAAAUACAAAACCAACCCCGCCUCCAGCCCUCGGCCUGGACGACGCACGCGAGCGGCUGGUGCUGAGGUGAAGCGUGACUCCACCUUCUCGAGGUCCGACAACGGAGACAGACAAGAUGGCGGCACCCACUCUGUCCUUCUCAACGCAGGUGAUGUUAAGACUCCUGCACCCACUCUCAAGAUCGAACAAACCCCGAACACGUCAUCGGCAUAUGACGCCAUCAUCGUCGACUCCACCCAGCAGCACGCGCGACGAGAUCGGAGACAGGCGGGAGCCGAUGACGUCGUGCAGACGUCAUACGAAUGCCUGGCCGUGAUGACGUAUGCGGACACUUAUAAGUCAGUCCUGACGGUGACGUCAGACAAACCGCAGGAGAUCCUGUGCUGGCUGGUGGUCAACCAGUACACGGUGGUCAUCCUCAACACGUCCGCCUGCAACUCCCAAACGGCGGAGCGGGUACUGAACCCCGCGAGGUACCCGACCUACCGGCAGCACAAGCACGCGGUUCUGCGCCUGUACAGCGGCGAGAAGGACUGCGACACUCUGCGUCCUGCUGACCGAGUCUGGCCCGAGCCCGUCAAGUACCAGGACCAGAACGUCAAGUCUGACGCCAGCCCUGUGGCUGUCACGUGUUUCACGGCUGUCACGUGCCUGCUGCUCUCGCUCUCCGUCACCCGAGGGUUUCUACUUCCACAGUUGUAGCAGUUUUGUGUUGUAGCAAUCUCGUUUCCACUCGAUUUUGUACUCUUGACGACUCUGUCAUGUUUGCCGUGUCUGUACUUGGUGGCAAACGUCUCUAACCGCUACUUUCAAUCAAGCUUGUUCCAACUUCUCCUCCCUGCGUUCUGCGUCCAGACUCCAGGAAUCAAUGAUACCCUUCCCCAUUUUUUUUUUCUUUACUUCUGAUGCAAGAUGAAUUCUUAUGCAAGGAACGUUUAUGCAAGGAGCUGGACCUUGGCAAGAAGGAAGCUACAGUCUGGACUCUGCAAGGGUUAACAAUGUCUUGAAACGAGGCUGAAGACGGAAAAUCUCGCAUUCCCGUAAAAUGUCCCGUUGGUAUACGUGGCGAAAUCCUGUACUGCACUUGCAAACAACGACAGUGUUUUCACAGAAUCAGACGAAACGAAAAAUAUUAUUAUUAUUAUUAUUAUUAUUAUUAUUAUUAUUAUUAUUUAGACAGCUGCAGAAAACUCGUGACUAAAUGAUCAUAUGACUGGGAGCAAGAUGACUAGAGUCAGUUUUGUUUUUUUAGGGGGUGGAGUUUGUUUUGUUUUCAAAUUUUAUGUUGAGAUGUACGAGGAUGAGCAAAGGUGGACUAGCGACUGAGGCUCGCGACUUUUAUUACCACCCAGGUAAAAACAUUUUCUAUACGUAUUUUUAUUUGUGGCUUGCACUCGAUGCAUUAACAGUACUGUCACGCUUGGCUGAGCAGCCGACGCUCGAGACCGUUAAUUUGUACAGACUGGCCGAGGGCUUACUUAAGUUUUGUAAAUGAGCUGCCUGAACGCAUCCCUGUGAUUAUACAAAUGACUUGCCUGAACGCACCCCUGUGAAUACUUCAAAGUCUGCAGUCGCUGAUGCGUGGCGUGACUGUCCGUUAGUGCACAACAGUCCCGUUUCUAGUCCUCGGCCCUCUGCUGAGAAGUUAGGUCACGUGAUGUUUGUUGUUUUCCCUUUGCCGUUCCGUCGGCAAACUUCUCCCUCUGCUAUUUUAAUCAAGCGUGCCGCCGGUGUGUCCUGACUUUCCACAUGAAUAAUUCACGGCGAGUAAAUGAGAAAAGGCUGAGUGCUGCACAGCUCUUCCCCAGCCCUCCCACCGCCUCUUGACUUGUCGUCAGCUGACCAAGAGGGAGGCAAGGGGACAGGGGCGAGGAGAGUGUGGAUGGGGGAGGAAAGCAUGUCGAGGUAGGGGAGGGUAGGGAUGGCGCUCCAUUCUCCCAGGAUCCUUUGCUUUUGUUCUCUGCGUGUCAACCGUGUCGUUGUCAGCAAAGGACGGUGAUCAUCGUCUGGAAAUCAAUCUCGGUAAAAGCACCAUCCUCACGCUUGAGUAGAAACUGUACCAUUUGCAGAUCAGGUCGAACCAGGAUUGAUACCAUUUACAGAUCGGACUGAACAAAGACUGUACACUUUGGCGAUCUGGCCGAAUUUGUCCCGUUCUCUGGGACUAUAACCGAUAAUGAUAUUUUAUCGACGACGACGAUGACAAUAAUGAUGAUGAAUUUCAUCUCUUUUAUUGUAACCCACGCUGAUGAUAACGAUCUGUGAUUGCUGUUGACAUGUUGUAGUUGUAGUAGCCCCCUUUGUUUCUCAUUUCAGACGUUCCGUUCACGAACUUAAUUCAUUUUCUAAACUCGAGACACAAUUCAUACAUCGCUGUUCGCUUCAGUAGAAACGUAUCCGUGUUUUCAAGAUCAAUCAUCAUCCACAAAUAAAUAAAAACGAGGCGCGGACCCAGGCCGUAAAAACAUAAUGCGAUAUUCAUGAUGUUUGUGCAACUGAAAAUUUAAUGCCGAGGGAAUCGCGGGCACAAGUACAAACGAAAUCAAUAAAAACAAUAAAACUGAUAGUUUUCCAUACUUUUUUCUUUCUUUUUUUUAUUUAUCUCUUCCAUCGAUCACUAUUCCUUUUAUUCUGUCCUUUUUUUCUUUCUUCAAUUUUACUUCAUUCUUUCGUUCUUUUUUAUGUUCUUCAUUUUUACGCCCUCUUUUUUACUUCUUUCAUUUUAGUUCUUUUAUUAUUAAGUUGCUCUGGAAAUUUUUUGUAAAGUUCAAGGUAGAAAAAUUCGCAGCAUUAUUCAAUGUCGUACAACUAGUUCUGCGAAAGAAGAAGUAAGCAAACAAACACGUUUGAAUAAUCGUCAGUCGUCGAGCAAUGAAUAUCCAGUGGAGGGUGAACCCCAAAAAAAAAAAAACAAGUUGAUGACGUGUGACAUCAGUUCGUGAAUGCAUGUUUCUGAUUGGCUGAUACACGUUUUUCACGCACAAGCACCGAGUUAUUUAUUCUCACGGUCCUCGGUGUCGAGAGGUGAAAGGAGUUCAGGGCUUACUGCGCAUGCGCGGAGGUAGAUCGCGGGUGUUGCACAGGGGGGAGUGGGUGGUUGGGGUGUUGGGGGCUAGGUAUUAAGUAAGAGCUGGCAGAAAGCUCACAGCCAAACGUGACUUUGUGACGUCAGCAAAAGCCGCUUGAGCACUAACAAAUGACAGUUACCAGCUUCCGAGUGUGAAACACAGACGGAGGGUGAGCACGCGGCAGUCAGACUUUCAUAAAUCACAUAAAAACUAUGGAAGAUGGCGGGUGGUCAGGGGGAAAGCUUCAUUCCUUGUAACCUCCCGGGUGGUUGGGGAGUUAGCCAGUCAUCAACACUUUGAGCUUGUCACGUGAUAGGUGAGGGAGGGGUUGAGAGGGGGAUUGAACUCUUCCAUCGUCACCUCCUGAUUGCAGGCAACAACUGCGCGUGCGGGAGUGAAGAUGUGCGUGACAGUCAACACGUGGAUGGCCGUCCCGUGGGAGGCUGACCUUGUAAACACACACACUGGCUGCUUCACCUGCAACAACAGGUGCACGCAACGCUUUUGUACGCGCCGCCAUUUUGUCUUAUUGCGAACAGGAGAAUCUUUUCAGGGCUUUGCUUUCAUAAUGUUGCACACGAUGUUCGGGGAAUGCAAGCAGGAGUCCUACAUAACGAUAGUUUGGCUGUAACUGUAUUGUUUUGUUUUCCACUGUAACAUCUUUGUGACAGCGAACUCCUUUGACCGUUGGUAAAAGGAUUCGUGUGAAGUUGUUUUGUGAAGAGCCGACGGGCUAGUAUUCCAGUCUGAGAAUUUCAGAUAAUUAAAAAGGUACAAAAACUAUAUCCAAGAAAAUCCUGGCAGGUCAUCUACCCUCUCUAAAGACCACACAUGGUCUUAGCCUGGCAAAUAUUGGUAUUUACACAGGAAAAUAAUAUUGCAAGCUGGGAAACAAUUGGUUUCUACUUUUUACAUUAUGAAACAUCUGUUCUUAAAAUAUAAAAUACAAAAUCAAACCAAGAAAACGCUAGUUUCAAAACUGGAAUAACUGUUUUUUAAACCCCUAAAUACCACAAAUACUGAAAAAAGUCUUAAACAUGAUCAGGUUUUAAACCGCCAAUAACUAGAGACAUCCUUAAACUUGCUCAUGACAAUGUUUCCAUCAUCAGUCUCAAACUGUGGACAUGUCGCUACAGCUCGUUCUCAGAAUAGUUUGAGGACUCUGUGGAGGGGCACAACUCCUCGUCCUGUCCGAGUUGUCUGCAGCUGAUGUAAGCUGAAGACGAGGACCAACAGCAGCAGGGAGAGAAGACAGUAAUACAAUUUCCGGACUGUGUCCAGACAUGGCGUUGCGUGACUCGUGCCCCAAGGUGGACGGUGCAGAUGAAUUUUAACUUGUUCUCGUCCUGCUGGCGGCCAUGUAUUUCAGACCAUUCCGCCUGAGCAGACGGGAAGAUGGGAGCCUGGCACUCGAGGUCAGGGCAAAAUUGAAGUUAAACUUUUGCCAGGAGAUAUAAGCGGAGUAUGGAAAGGUCGCCGUGAGACGAUGACAGGAGCGGUACUAAACAAUGCUAUUGACAUAGGACAAGGGCUAAAAUUAAACAUAAAUAAUCACGAUGUUGAGAAAUGACAUAUAUCAUGACAACAGGUAAGGGUGGAGCUGAACUAGAAGGCAACAGUAGAGUAUGAAUCAUCGGUCCUUACAGAAAGUGGGAUGGAGGUGUACAAGACAGGUCAGCCAAAGACAGAGUAUAGAAUGGACCGAUGGUGAUUAAUUUUCCGCUGUGACUUCUGUAAUGAGGUCUUAGAGAAUGAGUCCCAGGGUUAGCAUUCAUACCACAAAGAGUAAAAGUAAACCAUACAAGCUGGUGGAGGUAUAAAAGUUCAAGCUUUAUCGUUUGUGAUGUUUUUGGUUUGUUGAGUUGAAGCCAUUGGGAGGGAGAGUGGAGGUCAACAUCGAAAUAAACAAAUAAAGCAAUAAAGUUAUGAUAAGUAUAGAGUUGAGAUUAAAUAUUUCGGAGAGGUUUUAUUCCACAUUCUGUGAUUCUAUGAUUCAGCGUUUAAAGUUUUUUGCCAGGACCUGAUCAUUUACUAUUUUGAGAGAAACUAAGUGUUUGUAGCGGUAGACUUGCCAGCAGUCUAGAUUAUGUACAGUCCGUGCAAGUGUAGAAUCCACUGCACUUUACACCUUGCAGGUGUGAGAGAAAGAGAGACAUGUCCAAACCUCACAGGAGUCCCGGUCUUUACAACUGUUUAGAAUAUCGGACCGUUAGGCGAGUUUUCUCUCAGCUGCUUUAAGGAACGCACAGAAAAGAUACUUAACAGGUUUCUGCUCCAGAUAGUUGUCGUCUCUAGCACUACCCUGUCUGACAAAUGUCACCAUGUCAUCUAGCACUACCCUGUCUGACAAAUGUCAUCAUGUCAUAUAGCACUGCCCUGUCUGACAAAUGUCACCAUGUCAUCUAGCACUACCCUGUCUGACAAAUGUCAUCAUGUCAUAUAGCACUGCCCUGUCUGACACAUGUCACCAUGUCAUCUAGCACUACCCUGUCUGACAAAUGUCAUCAUGUCAUAUAGCACUGCCCUGUCUGACACAUGUCACCAUGUCAUCUAGCACUACCCUGUCUGACAAAUGUCAUCAUGUCAUAUAGCACUGCCCUGUCUGACACAUGUCACCAUGUCAUCUAGCACUACCCUGUCUGACAAAUGUCAUCAUGUCAUCUAGCACUACCCUGUCUGACACAUGUCAUCAUGUCAUCUAGCACUACCCUGUCUGACAAAUGUCACCAUGUCAUCUUGCACUACCCUGUCUGACAACUGUCACCAUGUCAUCUUGUACAUGACAGCGCCAGUGGAAUAUUGAGAGCAAAAGAAACAUUGUGCGUGUGUACGUGAAGCUGAGUGUCAGUUUGUACUUGAACUCGACAUGUCAGAAUGACACUGACAGUGUCAGUUAGCUUGACCAUGAAUGUGAUAACUUAUCUCUUUUGCAUGUUAUAUUUCACAUCUGCUUAAUGCACCCGGAUGCCAUUGCUGCCCUGCUUGUUCAGUAUAAGAUGGUUUCCCCCCCUAACCCUGCUACAAGCCAGCACAUGAUUAUUAAUACAAUAUUGAGCUCCAUAUCUGCUUUAUCUUCAUGUCCUCUCUCUGUCUCUCUCCCUCUCUCCCUCUGUGUGUGUGUCCAUUGUAGGGGCAGGGGUGCGAUAAACCUCUGAAAAAAUGAAGUCAUUGCUAUGGCAACACAAAAGGUCGGCAGUCGUCACUCGCUAAUGUUCCCUGUGUCUGCUCAUUUUCAGUUUCCAUUGGAAACAAAGUUAGCGCGUGCCUGCAGAGCGCGGGAUUCCCCAGGGAGCAAUAUUCCCCUCGUGAUUGUUCUGAAUGAAUGGGGCUUCGACUACUUAAACCUAAUGUCGCAUGAAAAUGCAUUUCAUUAAUGACAGCAGUAGCUGGGAGAAAAUGGCACUUAUGAUGGUACUGAGGAUGAAGGCAACAACUGUCAUAAAUUAUUUGUAUUUGCUUUUAAAAAAUAUACAUUAUUGUAAUUAUUUCUCUCAGCAAUGAAAAGUAAAAACACAAGUAGAUUGAGGGCAACUGUGGGGUGGGAACUGUUUUCUGUGGAUACACCUACGUAGAAUAUGGCCUGAGCUCUCAUUGGCUGAGACCGUCAAAACUUAACGUAUCCGUGUACAAUGAUGACGUCUGUGUUGUCGACCUCGUCCUGUACAUGGAGAUGUUUUUAGGCGUGCCUCUGGGCAACGGAAGGGGGUGUAUUUAACCAGAUUCUGGGAAAUUUCUUGAAAUUAUUUUGCCAAUAAUUUAUUUACAAAAAUUGCAUGUGAUGAUGUGAUACUUUCUUUACCGAAUCAAUAGGAAAAUUUUCCACCUCGUUACGCCUUUCAAUUAUUCGCAUGUGUCAAGUCCUUGUACUUCUUACAGUUUGUUUGUUUGUUUGUUUUCUGGGGAGGAGAUAACCACAAAGUGUGACGCUAAGCUGUUAUGUGUUGCAACGACUGAGACGAGUGAAACGAAUCAUGGAAGACAUUUUGGUUUCACGAUUGCAAGCAAUCAAUCGAAGUUUAGUACAACUGCAUUAUGUUACAGCUGCACAUAUUUAUAUGAUCAUGUCUUGUGUACUGACCAGUUAUAUCAUCGACUUCUCCAUUGUUGGUUGUGUCAUCUAAGGAUUUAUAAUAAAGUUACAGUAAAACUCUGCAAUGUGUUGAACAAGGGAGUGAAUUCGUUUGUAAAGUAAAUUGCUCCUACAUUUCUUACAAAUGUAUAUGAAGAUGUUUUAGUGUAGUUUUUUUGGUUUGUGUGUGUGUGUUUGUUUGUUUGUUUAUAUAUAUCUGUGCAUGUUCAUGUUUCAUGUAUGUCCAUGUGCGCAUGUGUAUUUAGUAGCGUGCACAUUUUUUUUUUUUGCUCCAGAAGAUCAAGUCCAGGACGAUUUGUUGAUCAUGUAUUCUACAAUAGAUAACAAUCAGCUUUAUCAUUGCGACCAUCCUACAAUAUCAAACCAUUGUUUAACAUGGUAGAUCCGCUGUAGAUAACAUCCACUUACAACCAACACCAGUCCAAAUCCUAUUUUAGAUACCUAUAUGAAAAAACACUGUACACACAUGAUGUCUCCCAAAAUGUACCCACUCCUUAAAUGACAAUAAAAACAUUAUUUAUUGA